AUGAAACUGAAGCAGGGCUCGUUUCUGUGGUACCUCUAUCUGGACAAGCUAUACUGCCUGUUAUCCGUGAGGAACGUGAGGGUCUUGGUGGAGUACUUUCACCUUCUCGACGUGCACCACAACAACACCUUGAACGAUGUGCUGUUUUACCACUUCCUUCAUAAUGUGACUAACUGGAAACGGAGGCAGAUCAUGAUUGUGUUUAACAUGCUGGACUGGAAUGCUACGGGCGAGAUUGGUUUUGACCAGUUCUACAUGUUGGUCUGCAUACUGCUGGCACAACAGAAUCACUUAGAAGAGCAGUUUAUGUUCCGCCACUCCCGGCCUGUUUUUGAGCUGCUUGACCUGGAGGGGGAGCUGAGAAUUGGUGCAGACAACUUCCACAUGUACAACUUUCUCUUCAAUAUUAAAAAACAGGAACUCAAAGAGCUCUACCACGACUUUGACGUCACAGGUGACCGUCGUCUUAAUUACAAGGAAUUUAAGCUGUUUACUAUCUUCACCAUGGACAAAUACCAGGAGAGGCAGAAAGCAGAGAAAGAGAACGAGAAAAAGAGAAAGAAAGAGAAAAAGGCUCUGCUCAAAAAGAAAACGCAGCAUCAGGUUAACGUGAGCUCCAAACAGUCUUCUUUUACAAAUAGAUCUGAAAGUAGAAUGGUAACUGAAGUUCAAGGCAGAAAUGUAUUGAGGACUGCCAGAAAAAGCACAAGCUACUAUAAUGAAACUACAUUAUGGGACCAACAUAGUUUUCACCUCCUCCUUCAGAGCAAGACAUAUUCAGGAAAUGGAUGGUCUCUGUUCCUUUUCUCAGCUAUAAAACUAGAAGAUAGUUCCAAUGAUUCAUAUGCUGACAUUUUAAGUACAAACACUAAUUCACUUCUGGGUUCCAAUCCCCAUCCUUUAACUGCUGGAUAUACCAAUUAGAAAGAACUUUCAUGUAACCUCCUUCAACUCACCCCUUGGAGUGAUCACCACUUUAGGAUCUGAGACCGACUUUCUAAUACUUCUAUACUAAAGGUAAUUUCAGAGGACAGGCCUAGAAAAACUUUAUUAAGCUUUCUUCAGAUUAGACAAAUCCUUCUUUUCUUGUACUUUAAGAAACUCAAGGAAACUUGUUCCCCCACACAGUUCAACUGCGAAGUUCAAGGUCAAGUUUGAGUAAACUGAGUUUUAAGCUGAAAACAUUCAAUCUAGGUUAGGAGGCAGAGGUAAAAGUGCAAAAGAUAAGCAAGUAAAAGGGCACAAAAGAUGAACAAGACUAACACUUUUUUCCAUUUACCAGUUUUAGAUAACUAACAUCUUAGUUCAAAUUUUCUAUCUUGUGAAAAGCAAGAUAAUUUAUUGACUAAGAUCAAAGGCAACUAUCUACCUCAUUUUUUACUGCUGUCAUCUCCAUUUUGAAUACAAGAGUGAACAUGAGAGUCCUUAAGAAACACAUUCCAUUAACUUCAACUAUGCUUAUUGCCACAAAGGAAAAACACACACACUUCUGCAGCAAGGAAAGAAAAGUCCACCCAAACCCCUCACCAUCUGUGGAGAGGAUAUGGAGUUAGAAAACAGAAAAUGGAGCUUACAGUUUGGGAUACUCGUUUUAUUCCUUAUUCGAAACAUCUCUGUGCUUCAGUUUCCUCCCCUGUGAACCAGCGAUAUCAACAUCAUCUUUCCUUAAAGUCAAAGGGUCCUUGUAAGAAUCAAGAAAAUGUGAAGAUUUAUUUUUAAACUAAAAACUACAACAAAGGAAAAGAUUAUGUAUUGCAAUUAUGGCUCUUCUCACAUAUUAAUUAUACUUGUGAACCUUAAACAAUCGAAAAGCCAUUACUCUGAAUUACUUCAAGCUCUCAUUCAACAAGUAUUUCUUAUGUAUAUGUUACUUACAAGCCACUGUGCUAGGCCCUGUUGAAACAGUAUGUACACUCAGUUUGUCAUAUUGGUAUACUCAAUGUGUCUGCUGUGCAAAUAACAGGGAGAUUUUGAUAUGUAAAAACAGGAUGAAAAGUGCAAAAUAUAUUUGCAUUACUAAAUAUCUCAUAACACAAGGCAUGUGUUAAAGAGCUACAUGUUAUAAUAUUGUAUUUGUGUAACUAAUUUCCUCCCAAACACAAAGCUCCUUAUACUUUUUACAUGGAGGAGUGUGGGUUAGACCCCCAAAGUGAAAUUUGUGUUUAGUAAAAUACUUCAAAGAUCAGUUUCAUCCUACAACUUGUCCUCAGACUUUGCCCUCCUCUAACAUCCCCUAAAAUGUCUGCUGAAAAAAACCCACCGAAUAAACAAAAACCCCUAAAUUCAGAAAAUUCA